ACACACACCUUUCACUCACGGGCUUUUGGUUAAGAAAAAUGAUACAUAAUGGGAAAUGACUCGAUUUCUGAUUGUUGCUGAGGAAUAAAAAGGGCAGUGUGCUGUUAAAGAGGAGACGCACAUGAAUGACGCGAUAUCAGAUCAGCUGAGCUGGACGGCUGCAAAGUGAAGGUUUUCUAUUGUAGCCUACCUGGGUGGAUUUGCAGUGAUAUCCUCUAAACCAUGUAUGAGUCUCGGUACUACGAUAGCCCCCCUGUGUACAGCCCGCCUUACAGCACUCACUCCCACAGCUUCUAUCCCCCAAGGAGCGUCCACUCACCCCAGAGCCAUUAUGUCCCCUACACCUACAAUGUCCCUCCGGGCUCCAACUACAUUGAGGAGAAGCCUCAACACUUCUACCGCUGGUUUUCUCCCCCUGGUUUCGUCAAAACCUUCCAAGCAGCUACAGUCCUCAUGUGUUUCAUCAUCUUUGCCUGCGUGGCUUCCACCUUGGUGUGGGACAUUAAUGGAUUUGGGUACGGGGGCUACGGUGUCGGGGCUAUGGGGAGUAUCGCGGGGAUGGAGUCGGGAUAUUAUGGAGGCAGCUACGGCUACGGUAGCUCCUACAUGACGCCACAGUCUGCCAAGUCGGCCAUGAUUUCCAUGGCGGCCAUUAACUUCCUGGUUUCACUGGGCUUCCUGGUGGGGAGUUUCUCACAGUCACGGAUCAUGAGGGGAUGCAGGUUCUACCUCACCGUGUUCAUUUGUGAUAUCAUCUUAGCUGUCCUUCAGGGCAUCAUCGACAUCAUCUUUGUGAUCGGGGUGAACCCGAUGUCUCAGAGCUCACAGAGCAUGCUAUACAAUCCCAUGCUGAUGAUGUGCCAGAAUAUCCAGGGCAGUCCCAGCCUCAGCGGCAGCGUUGGGGCCGGUUUUCCAGGGGGGUUCCCCAUGUACAAUCAAUACCUGUACCACUACUGCUACAUGGAUCCCGAGGAGGCGGUUGCCUUAGUGUUGGGGCUGAUGGUGGUGUUAGCCCUGUCCCUGUCUGCUUACUACGCCUACAAGACCCGCAGCAAGAUUUGGCGCCAUGGCAAAGCUAACAUCUACUGGGACGAGUUUCUGCUCAGGUCGUCAGAGGGCCAGGAUGUACAGGACUGGGUGAACCAUGUGGGAGAGGCGCGCAGCACCCAGCAGGCACCAACUGUUGUCGUAUCAGAGAGAGCAGCACCUGACCUGAGGGCGGAGAACGGUGUGGUCUCCUACGGCAACGGAACCGUCAGCAUCCACAGUGAGGGGAAUUAUAAAAGCAACAGUAAUGGUCGGGGUGCUGAGCCUCUGUGCCAUGACAGCAUGGUCACACUUGGCUCCAACAGCUCCUCAGAGGAGACCGACAGCAUGAGGAAACCUCCUCCUUAUCACGUGGAGAAGGAACGGAGGAAGGGCCGAGAGCCCAGGCCUGCUGCUCGGGAAAGGAUGGAGUCCCCGUGUGAGACCGGUUACACCACCGGAGACACCGGCAAUGAGCUGGACCAGGACCACACAGACAACCUGUACAGGCUGUACCCAGAGAUAACGUCAGACGAGCGGCGCCGCCAGUACAAGAAGGAGUUUGACUUGGAUCUGGCCCGCUAUAAGAGCCUCUGCGCUGAAAUGGAUGACAUCAGCGACCAGAUGCACAAGCUGAGCCGAGAACUGGACAUGUUGGACGAGGGCUCCAUAAAGUACCAGGGUGUGGCAGACGAGUACAACCGACUCAAAGACCUGAAAAGGACGUCAGACUACAAAGCGAAGAAGAAGCAGUGCAAAGAACUUCGGGAAAAACUUUUCCACAUCAAACGUCUGGUGAAAGUCUUUGACCAAGGUCUUUGUUAGUAGAGUCUCACGUCUUAAUAAUCUGUCCAAACGGCUGAGGAGGAACACUGACAGAUGUGUGGCCUGGCGAAAGAAACAAGGAUAUAUCCUCCACUUUCUCUCCAGUUUUACUGCUUUGCUGUUUGAAUAAUAACAGUUCAGCACAACGUGACCCUCAUGCUGGCCUCAGUCGCUGACCCGCGAAUGUUUUUGACCCCGAUGCUUACAACUUCUGCAUUACUUUUGCAGCUGUCAGAGUGGAUUAUUGUCGGGACAGAGCUACUGGUAGACUCUCUCUGCUUUGCUGUAACAACUUGGCACUGUUAACAUUUCAUUUUGUUGUACCUUGUAUUAGAUUUUACUUUCAGUGGCAAUUUGAAUUGAAUACUGCUUAAUUGUUCCAGAAUGUUGUAGUGUGGGAAUUAAUGCUUUUAUUCAGAAAGAAUGUCAUGACUGAAGACAUAGCAACAGAAAUGGUAGGAAAAUAGAUUUAUCAGGUUCAUACUAUUUUGGUGUUCUACUAGCACGUGUUUAUGUGCUUUAAUGUUCAAGAAACACAUUCUUUUUGUCAUAGUGUCUGUCUGUAUACCUGUGUUCACCCUCUGUCUCUGUCUGAAACAUCUGUUUUAGCACCAGUCAAAAAAAAAGCCCAGUCUUCUCUAAUUGGUCAGCAUUUUCUUGUCUGGCUCUCUGCACCGUCAUUGCAGCC